AUGCCAAAAGAUUUUUUAAAAAGUUUAAAAAGAAAGAAAAUGGAUCAUCAUGAUAUUUUAAGUUUAUAUAAUGUAAAUCCAUCAUUGGAAUGGAUUAGAGAAAACUUUGAUGAAAAUGCAGAGUUUACAGGUCCAGGAUUUGGAGUGGUUGGCAAAGAAGAGAUUGUCAAUGUAUUCAAGGCAAUUCCAGUUUAUGCCCGUUCUCUUACCGUCGACAAGUAUAUGGCCAAUAAUUCCCAACGUACCAUUUCCAUCGAUACCAAUCUUUCCGUUGUAUUUAAUAUUUUCCCUUGGAGAACUGUCAAACUCCGUUUUAUUCUUACUAUUGUUAAAAAUCAUGAAGAUAAAAUUAUUCGGUUUGAAGAAUUGAUUGAUAAUGAAAGUAUUAUUGAAAAUAUUCCAUUAUUAAAUUUCGCCUAUUUUAAUCUUUUGAAACCAUCAAUGGGCUAUAUGAUGGUAAAGUUGGGACAAUAUUCAAAAGCUAAAAAUAUUACACAAGAACAUACAAAUAUGCCAUCAGCUAUAAACCAAAAGGCAAAAGAAAAGUUGGCUGCAAAGGAAAAGUUGGCUGCUGGAAACGGAAACCAAGUUCAUCAUGUUAAAAUUAGAAAAUUGGUAGCUCAACCAAUUUCAAAUUAA